AUGGCAGCCCAAGUUUUUACACCGCAGCGCCCUCUUUAUGGAGGACCUGUUCACUAUCGGCCAAUCAUCAACCAUAAACAGAAUGAAACCAAAGCUCAGGUCACCUUCGACCCCAAGAAGCAUCUCAACUAUGCAGCACCCGAGCAUAUCUACCAAAUGAAAGAUGUUGGUUAUCCAGAAGACACAGGAAUCUCUCCAGUGGCUGUAUCUGAGGGCUUCUCAUUGUUCAGCAAGGAAGCAAUUGGCAUCAUGAGAGAGGAGAUUUUCUCCGAUGAGGUCUGGAAGAACUGUUGCUAUAUUGCUGGAAACUCUACUGCCCUCAGCAUCAGAGGACACUGUCCCAAAUAUACGCCAUUCAUGAAUGCUGCGCUGACUAGUCCCGAGACCCUCAAAAUCAUCUCGGACAUUGCAGGCAUCGAGCUUGUUCCAGUCAUGGACUUUGAACUUGGUAAUAUUCUAAUUGCUUCAACAGAAGAAUCAGCUCUUGCGGGGCGUCGAGCGCAUGGAAAAGCCGAUGGAGCCGCUGGCAAGGUGACAAACUGGCAUUUUGACCAUUACCCAUUUGUCUGCGUGGUCAUGCUGAGUGAUGUGUCCAAUAUGGCUGGUGGCGAGACUGCGAUCAAGACUGCUGAGGGAGAAGUUCACAAAAUUCGAGGCCCACAGAUGGGAUGUGCUGCCGUGAUGCAAGGAAGAUACAUUAACCACCAAGCACUUGCUGCACAGGGUGGCAGAGAACGCAUUUCGAUGGUGACGGCGUUCAGGCCCAAGAAUCCCAUGAUUGUCGACGAUUCUCACCUCAAAUAUAUCACACGUAUUGCCCAGCCGUCCGAGUUGUAUUAUCAAUGGGCGGAUUAUCGCUUGGAAAUCCUCGAGGAGCGAAUUCGAAGAGCACGGCAGGAGUUGUCUUCAGGCCAGGAGGCAGGGAAGGAGUUCGACGUGGCGCUGUGCAAUUCUUUUAUCGACCAACAGAUCAAGCAUUUGGGCGUGACCAAAGAUCAGAUCGUUCCUAUCGAACAAGUCCUUUCGGGCAAGGUUCACAACGGGCUUGAGAUCCGUGGCGAACUGAAUUGA